CUUAGACGCGCUUUUCUUAUCCUUGCAAAAAAAACUACAAAUAACCUUCCUUUCAUGCAUUCUAUAAGUUGUGAAAUAUAUUCAAUUGUUAUUCCAAUGGCGAAGAGUAGUAGAUUUUUUAAUAUAGUUUUCUUUGUUUUGUUGAGUAUAGGAAUUUGCUCAGCUGCAAGAACCCUAAUUGGUCUUGAUGUUGGUGUUGGGGCAAAGGUUGGUGUCUAUGCCGGUGGCGGUGGAGGAGGUUCUGGUGGAGGUGGAGGUGGAGCUGUAGCUGGUGAACAUGGUGGUUAUGCUGGUGGAAGUGGUAGCGGUGAAGGUGGUGGAAGUGGAUAUGGUGCUGGAGGGGCACCAGGAGGUGGAUAUGCAGGUGGAGGUGGUGGAGGUAGUGGUGGUGGUGGCGGUGGAGCUGCUGCUGGUGGCGAACAUGGUGCAGGUGAAGGAGGUGGAAGUGGUGGUGGAUACGGUGCUGGUGGGGCGCCAAGUGGUGGAUAUGGUGGUGGAGGUGGUCAUGGUGGAGGUGGUGGAGGUGGUUCAGCAUCUGGAGGAGCGUCAGGUGGUGGAUAUGGAGGUGGUGAAGGUGCCGGUGGUGGUGCAGGCGGAGCACAUGGAGGUGCAGGAGGAUAUGGUGGUGGUGGUGGCAGUGGAGGUGGAGCCGGUGGUGGUGGAGCACAUGGUUCAGGUGAAGGAGGUGGAAGUGGUGGUGGAUAUGGUGCUGGUGGAGCACAAAGCGGUGGAGGUGGUGGUGGAGGUGGCCACGGAGGUGGUUCAGCAUCAUCAGGAGGAGCUGGUGGAGCAUCAGGCGGUGGAUACGGAGGUGGUGAAGGUGCUGGUGGUGGUGCAGGAGGAUCUCAUGGAUCAGGAGGAUAUGGUGGCGGUGGUGGUGGUGGAUCCGGUGGUGGAGGAGCGUAUGCGGGCGGUGAAGGGGGUGGACAUGCAAGUGGAUAUGGUAGUGGUGAAGGGGGUGGAUCCGGACAUGGUGGUGGUGGUGGCUAUGCCCCUGUCUUUAAAUGUGCUAGUGGCAUAGAAGCUAAUUUCUUAUCAUUAGCAAGUCCAGUGGCGAACAGUAGUUCUACCAAGGGUGGAGCAGCCUUCUCGCAGGAGGAAUGCGUUCAGCUGCUAGAACCCCUCAUUAGUCUUGAUGUUGGUGUUGGUGCCAAGGUUAACGUCUAUGCUGGUGGAGGCGGUGGAAGUGGAGCUGUAGUUGAUCAUCAUGGUGGUUAUGCUGAAAAGAGGUGUAAUUGUUUACACAUCAAAACCAAAAUUGUGGGAUUCACAAAACAUUCUUCAAUGGCUAAUCAUAAGGUUUCUAUUGUGUUUUUCUUUAUGUUAGUUAGUGCAACUAUAUGUUAUGCUUCUUCUAGAGCUCUCCUCAAUCUAGAGGGAGGUCCUGGGUACAAUGUGGGUGGCACCAUUGGCUAUGGUGCAGGGCAUGGUGGUGGUUCCGGAGGCGGUUAUGGGGGAGGUGGAUCUGGAGGAUAUGGAGGUGGUGGAGGUGGAGGUUCUGGAGGUGGUGGUGGUGGUUAUGAAGGUGUAGUUAAUCAUGGUGGAUAUGGUGGUGGUGGUGGUGAAGGUGGUGGUAGUGGUGGAGGUAGUGGUGGUUAUGCACCUGGAGGAGGAUAUGGUGGAGGUGGUGGUGGUGGACAUGGUGGAGGAGGGGGUUAUGGUGGUGGUGGUGAUCAUGAUAUAGGAUAUGGAGGUGGAGGAGGAACAGGAAGUGGUGGUGGAUAUGGUGGAGGCGCAGAACAUGGAGGUGGAUACGGUGGUGGUGGAGGAGGAGGAACAGGAAGUGGCGGAGGAUAUGGUGGAGGGGUAGAACAUGGAGGUGGAUAUGGUGGUGGUGGAGGAGGAGGAACAGGAAGUGGUGGUGGAUAUGGUGGAGGGGUAGAGCAUGGAGGUGCAUAUGGUGGUGGAGGUGGAGGAGGAACAGGGAGUGGUGGUGGAUAUGGUGGAGGGGCAGAACAUGGAGGUGCAUAUGGUGGUGGUGGUGGAGGAGGAGCAGGAAGUGGUGGCGGAUAUGGUGGAGGUUCAGAACAUGAAGGUGCAUAUGGUGGUGGUGGAGGAGGAGGAACAGGAAGUGGUGGUGGAUAUAGUGGUGGUGUAGAACAUGGAGGUGCAUAUGGUGGUGGAGGAGGAGGUGGUAGUGGUAGUGGUGGUGGAUAUGGUGCAGGAGGGGUUCCAGGAGGUGGUUAUGGAGGUGGAGAAGGGGGAGGAAGUGGUGGUGGUUAUGGAGGAGCAGGGGGUUUACCUGGUAGUGGAUAUGGAGGGGGAGGUGGUCAUGGAGGAGGUAGUGGAGGAGGCUAUGGUUCAGGAGAAGCUGGUGGUGGUGGAUAUGGAGGCGGUGGAGGUGCAGGUGGUGGCGCAGGAGGAGCUUAUGGAGGUGGACAUGCUGGUGGUGGCGGUGGAGGUGGUGGAAGUGGUGGAGGAGGUGGCCAUGGUGGCUACAUUCCUUGAACUUUCAUAACUUGUACUAAAAAAGAAAUAACAACAAAUGCUCCUCCAGUUGAAGUAUGGUCUUAAUGCAUGCAUGCAUGCAAUCCCAUUAGUACUACACUACUAAUGAAGUAGAGUUAAUUACUAUAUAUAUGUACUUCAGUUGUUAUCCUUAAUGUAACUUCAUAUGUAUUGAUAUUAAAAGUAUAUAAGAAUCAAUUGAUUUCAUCAUCUUA